ACUUUUGCUUACGGUUCACACCUUGUUACAAUCCUCGCUAAAUUCAAAAUAUCGAAUGCACAAAGUUCGAUGAAUAUCAAAAAUGAAUGCAGAUUUGAUCCAAGUGCAGUCAUGUGUCGGUUAAGGAUAAGAUUGUCUUCAUUUUUGAACCUUCAAAUAACAUCAGUUGUAAACUUGGCGGAAGUUUUGAUCCCUCCUCAUCCCCUUGUAUUAUGUACUUAGAUAUUACACUUUACGCGAUUUUAGUAGUAUUCUCGGGAAAGCCAGGGGGAUGAGUUGAGUCUUCUAUGAUUCAACACGUUCCAAAUGCACCCUGCAUAGUCAGAGAGCAAUAACUUUUCACAAUCAGAUUGUUGUUCAGAUAAAUUGAUAUGCACAUGUCACGAUCGUGUAAUGAUUUUUCCCAGUUGUUCCUGCUUGCGUGAACUCUAAUCAAACUUAAGUGUCGGUUUCAUCAGUCAAAAAACAACCAGCGAACUAACCAUGAGAGUAGAAUCCACUUUUAUCUUAUUCCUUUUGUCUGUGCCAAUCAAAGGAAGAAGAGUAAAGAUUUUUCCAUCGGAAUUGGACUAUUGCAAGAGAUUUGUGGCCGGAUCCAGUUUGGUAGAUUUGGAAAUGACACCGUUGUUUGUCGUAGACAAUCUAAUGGAGGAAUCCACUGAUUGUUCGGAUUAUUUCCCCAGCAACCCAAAUGACGUCAUCAUUGCCGAUCCAUACCGAACCGUUUUGGACUAUUGCAAGAAUGGAUUCACCCAAGUCAGAUUAUGCUUCAUGGAGCCGAGAUAUAGACGAUCUUUGGUCCGGGUUCAGAACUUAAGGCUUUCGGAGAUCCAAAACUUGGAUUUAGCCCAAGCCAACUUCAAUGAGGUCCAAUUUAAAGGCACAUGCUGGAUUUGUGUUAACCAAGAACGAAAAACGAUUGAAUUUUCAUAGCUUUCUUCAAUAUUGCUUACCGAUUUGGUUGAACUGUUGUUCGUCCAUACCACUGAACUAUUCUGCCAAAUCCAUGUCAUCUUUUUUUAUUGGCCAGUUCUUUUAUAAUAUCACUGGGCUCAUUUAAUUGUAAUUAUGCUGCAACUUAAUCUCGGCAAAAAGCAAACAUGUUCCACAAAAAGCCUUGUGGUGAUAAUUAAAUUUGAUAUAUUGUGACAAAUGUGUGGGGAAGUGAAAAUAAAUCUUGUUGCAAACUUGAUU